GGCCGAGUGGGCGACGGAGGCAGUCGCUGUUCAGUGUCGCCCCCUGCCGGGACCACGCCGCGCCGGGCACAGCGAAGUGAGGCUGCGCCUCCGACCUCGCAGCGCUCAGCCUCCUAAGUGGGCGGAAUAACCUCACGCAAGUCAUCAAACAAGAGGACUUCAGUGUUGCAACGAAGGAAGAGAAAGGGCCCCUGAGGAGGCGACAUUCGCACUGCAGCGGCGCAGGGACCAGCCAGGCGGCUGAGGGCAAGGUCGUUCCCAGCAGCAGGGACCGCAAGGGCAAAGGCUUGGAGGGGGGAACGAGCUCGAGUUCCAGGACGGCCGAAGCCAGCGCAAAUCGAGGAGGGGCUGCGGGGCAGGCAGGGGUGUCCCCGACAGGGCGACGGCGGCAAGAACUCGGGAACCGGGACUGCGAGCGGCCCCAGAGGCUCCUUCAAUUUCUGUGAUCCUCAGAGGCCCCAGGAGACCAGGUGAUGGCAGCAGCCAGGCUCUUGCCAGUGCCGGCAGGACCCCAGGCCAAGUUGACCUUCGAGGAUGUGGCUGUGCUCCUCUCCCAGGAUGAAUGGGACCGCCUGUGUCCUGCUCAGAGAGGCCUCUACAGAAAUGUGAUGAUGGAAACCUAUGGGAAUGUAGUCUCAUUGGGACUUCCAGGAUCCAAGCCUGACAUAAUCUCCCAGCUGGAACGAGGGGAAGAUCCCUGGGUCUUGGACAGGAAGGGGACUAAGAAGAGCCAGGGCCUGUGGAGUGACUACUCAGACAACCUCAAAUGUGACCACGCUACAGCCUGUACACAAGACAGUUUAUCUUGUCCAUGGGAAUGUGAAACCAAGGGAGAGAGUCAAAGUACAGACUUGAGUCCGAAGCCAUUAAUUUCAGAGGAAACAGUGAUUCUGGGGAAAACACCCUUGGGGAGGAUUGAUCAAGAAAAUAAUGAAACAAAGCGAAGCUUCUGUCUGAGUCCAAACUCUGUUGACCACCGUGAAGUUCAGGGCUUAAGCCAAAGCAUGCCACUCACUCCACACCAGGCAGUGCCAUGUGGAGAGAGGCCCUACAUGUGUGUUGAGUGUGGGAAGUGCUUUGGCCGGAGUUCUCACCUCCUGCAGCAUCAGCGUAUCCACACUGGAGAGAAACCCUAUGUGUGCAGUGUGUGUGGGAAGGCCUUCAGCCAGAGCUCAGUCCUUAGUAAACACAGGAGAAUUCACACAGGUGAGAAGCCCUAUGAGUGUAAUGAGUGUGGAAAAGCCUUUAGAGUGAGCUCAGAUCUUGCUCAGCAUCACAAGAUACAUACGGGAGAGAAGCCUCACGAAUGUCUCGAGUGUCGGAAAGCCUUCACUCAGCUCUCACAUCUCAUUCAGCACCAGCGGAUCCACACGGGAGAAAGGCCGUACGUGUGUCCAUUGUGUGGGAAAGCCUUCAACCAUAGCACUGUCCUGCGGAGCCACCAGAGGGUACACACUGGGGAGAAGCCUCACAGGUGCAAUGAGUGUGGGAAAACCUUCAGUGUGAAGAGGACACUGCUGCAGCACCAAAGGAUCCACACCGGGGAGAAGCCCUACACGUGCAGUGAAUGUGGGAAGGCCUUCAGCGACCGCUCAGUCCUCAUUCAGCACCACAACGUGCACACUGGGGAGAAGCCCUAUGAGUGCAGUGAGUGUGGGAAGACCUUCAGCCACCGGUCCACCCUGAUGAAUCACGAGCGGAUCCACACCGAGGAAAAGCCCUAUGCAUGCUACGAAUGCGGGAAGGCCUUCGUUCAGCACUCACACCUGAUCCAGCACCAGAGAGUCCACACUGGGGAGAAACCCUAUGUGUGUGGUGAAUGUGGGCACGCCUUCAGUGCACGCCGGUCUCUGAUCCAGCAUGAGAGAAUCCACACGGGUGAAAAGCCCUUCCAGUGCACAGAAUGUGGCAAAGCCUUCAGCCUGAAAGCAACUCUGAUUGUGCACUUGAGGACCCACACGGGUGAGAAGCCCUAUGAAUGCAAUAGCUGUGGGAAGGCCUUCAGCCAGUAUUCAGUGCUCAUCCAGCACCAGCGAAUCCACACAGGCGAGAAGCCCUACGAGUGCGGGGAGUGUGGCCGUGCCUUCAACCAGCACGGCCACCUAAUCCAGCACCAGAAAGUGCACAGAAAGUUGUGACCCAUGGCUGACACAAGAAUCCAUUCUCACAGAAACUGCACGUGGAACCACAAGCAGCCUUCAGCCCAAGAGAAGUUUCUGUUAACUCUAUAGGAAGCCUUUCUUUGGUGAUUCAAUGUCACAAAAUAACUCAAAAAAGAAGCAGUUAGCAUGCUGUUCCUGUGGAAAAACUUCAGAGACUGCCUGUUUUAUUUUCCUCAACAUCUUGAAGUUAUAUUGGAGAGUAAUCAUAAAAUUGUAGUGAAUUUUGGUAAAAACAGCCAUAAUUCUUUCUUUGACAUUAGUUUAUUUGAACUAAGGUAAUUUAAGGCAUAAGAACUAUUAUCCCAAUAAAAUCUUACAUUCCAAAUAAAGUUCUUUUUCUAAGAACAUUACAUGCCCUUCCUAAAUGUCAAUUAACCAUACUAAUUAUUGCACUUAAAAUUUGAAAGUUGGACUAUUUUCAGUAUUCUCUUAGAACACUAGUGUUAUAUGGAUAAAGUGAUAUAAAAAGAUAUUUUCAUCAAGUAUCAUGUGAAAUGGAAAGCCUAAGUGUGUGGAAACACCUGUUUUGUAUGAAACAAGGAAAAAGUCUAAAGAUAUAUUAGUGAGAAAUUACAUAAAUUUAGAAAACUUUUU